AUGGAUCGACUAUUCCUACUCUUAUUUCUUUGCAUUAAUCUCUUCAACUUGGCAGAUUCUUUUGGCAUAGAACUUGACGACAGUUACAGUGCAAGGCGCGGUAAACCGUUUAGCGUCAAAGUUAAAAUUGUAGGAGGUACACCACCUUUUAAAUACCUCUGGAAAUUUAAUGGGACAACAGUUUCGACAAAGGAAACCUUUCGAAUCGAAAAGGUAGCACUUCAAGAUGGUGGUGACUAUUAUUGUCAAGUUACCGAUUCUAAGAACAAAGUUGCCACAACAACUUUCACUCUGAAUAUAACAUAUUUAGACACCACUGAUUCCCAAGAAAAAAUCAAUGUCAUUACGGUUAACCGUAGUGGCAAUGCAUUACUGGAUGCUAGUGCCAAUUGCUACACUAGUGGAAUGAUGAGAAACUGGAGUGUUACAGUGAGUCCAGACUGCGUAAACAUCAAUUACACCGACCCAUUAGUGUCAUUAGAUACUGGUACUAACAUGUACGAAUUGCAAAAUGGUUCAUUCGUAAUUGAAAAUGUUGAAAUUAAAGAUCGCAAAAAAUGCUUUAUCUGUUCAAUAUUCUGUGGAAGCAUACAUGCCGAAUUAAGAUAUCGUUUGAACGUAAUAUACUUCAACGGAUUUUCAGAUUUCCCGAAAUCACAGAUAACAAUCAAUCAGUCUUCAACUUUAGACUUGAAUUGUAGUGCUGAUGGAAAUCCGCCCCCACGUGUAGGUUGGUUUAAAUCAUCUGUUCAACUUGGUCAUGGCUGGAAGUAUGGUACAGCAUCAUAUAAAAUUGCCAAUGCUACUCGAAAUGCAACGGGAGUGUAUACAUGCAAGAUUAAAGCUGGAAACUUUAAUCCGGAAUUAUCGAACAGUACCACUAUUGUUGUCCAGUAUAUUGAUAAUAAAUUAAUCUUUCAUCGCACAAAGGCUGACAUGCCUCGUCUGGGUUCGAAGUUGCCUUAUGAGCUUAGUUGUACAGCGCAAGGCUAUCCAGUUCCUACCUUUAAGUGGUAUAAAGAUCAGAAGAAUUACGAUAAUGAUGUAACCAGUCUGCCCAAUCAUAAUACGAGUACAAUAACUUGGAAAAGAUUUACUGCUGCUAAUAAUGGUAUUUAUACAUGUCAAGCUACCAAUAUCGUAAAGUCGGUUUCGAGCAGCAAAGCUGUCUUUCUUUAUGAACCUGCUAAGAUCACUGUUGCCCCUUUUAACAAUCACCAUCCUAUACAAGAAGUGGAAUUUGGGAAAUAUAUCAACAUAACUUGUUCAGCUACUGGUUUUCCAACUGCUGAAGUAAAAUUAGAAAUACAGGACAAAAAUAUGCAUACUAGCGAAUCCAAUACGAAGGAGGGAAAAUCAUCAGCUUCCCUAUAUCACUUAUUUGAAAUGAGUGACAACAAUUCAAAUGUUAUUUGCACGGCUAGUAUCACUUUUCGAGGGCAUGCCUAUUUCACUGUGCGGAGCUCUCAUCUUAUAAUAGUACGUAGUAUGAAAGGAUCACCUGUGGCCACCGGAUUGGGCAUAUUUUUUGGAGCUUUGUUAACAAUUUUGUUGAUCUAUUUGAUCUACAAGCGCAAAUAUAGAGUAAUUAAAUCAUACUUUAAAAGAACUGAUUAUUCCAAAAUGGACAGUACCUAUGCUUCCAAUGGUAUUAAUGGCUGUCACUCUGGUGAUUCUCGUACUUAUAAAAAUAAAAUUCCUUGGCAUAAGCGCAUGAAAGUUAGCGUUAAUAAACUUCGUAACUUGGAUAUUGAGGAUGAUGAUUGGGAUAUUCAGUGUCACGAUGGAGAUCAGGAUCAUUCAAGAGAAGGCGAAAGUGGAGGGCUAAUUUCUAAAUCUAAUCGAACAGCGGGCAAUACUUUUUCCACGGACAUUUAG